UUGGUAACAACUGUCUGGCACUAGAUUUUUACAUAUGUAAAUGCGUGGUGAUUGAUUGAUUCAUUCAUUUCAAAUUUUCGUAUAGCAUACUAUAAUUUUGAAUAAAUUUUAAGCAAUAUUGUAAAUAUUGUAAAAUACUAUAAAUUUAUAAAUCGUUUAUAAAUUUGAAUCUACUUAUAUACUCUGUAUAUAAUAAUAUAUAAAAGAUAGAAGUAUACGCAAAGGUGGGUCGGUCACCUGGAGAUAACUGUAAAAUGUCAUCAACGAAUGUGUGUCAGGCAUGGAUUUGAUGCUGUUCGAUGACACUUGUGAGAGCUGUUGUCACAAUAAUUAUGUUUCAUCAAUGUUAAUUUGAUCAGAAAGAAAACAGCUAUCUUAAUACAGAAUCUUCCGUUUAUUAAUUUAAAUAUAUAAAGAAAACAAUUAAUAUGGAGGGACCAGAAGUAACAUUUUUAUUUCAAUUUGGUUUAACACGUGAUACUGUUACUGUUGAAAGCAGCACAUUGACUCUUAAGACUCUUAAAGAAUUUGCUUGUGAUUUUAUAAAUACUAAAUGUCCAGAACAUGGUUUAAAUCAUUUAUUUGAACGAUUGCUUUUAUUUAAACAUGAUUAUAAUUCCACUAAUAUUUUACAACUUAUUACAAAUGCAACUGAAGUUGUUGAUGAAACAUUAGUGGAAAUUGUUCUAACUGCACAAGUGCCAAAUGAAGAAGUUCCCAUUCGUCCCCAUGCUUUAACUGUUCAUUCAUAUAAAGUUCCCACAUUUUGUGAUUUUUGUGGAGAAAUGUUAUUUGGUCUUGUUCGACAGGGCUUAAAAUGUGAAGGUUGUGGAAUGAAUUAUCAUAAAAGAUGUGUUAUAAAAGUACCUAAUAAUUGCUCACAUGAUGCCAGUCAAAGACGACGUAGUUCUGCAAUGUUAAAUGUACCAAGAUCUCCAAGUCAAGGAUCUACUAGUAGUUUGACCAGCAUUAGUGAUGAUAAUCAUAGUACAAAUAAUACACCGAAUGCAAGUCAAAAUAAUAGUACUUUGACAAUACCAAGUAUAAUGGCACCGAAACAAUCUCGUUCUCCUUCAUUGGGAGGAAGACCAGUAUGGGUUGAACGAGAAUUAGCAACAAGAAUAAAAAUUCCACAUACAUUUGUAGUACAUACUUAUACCAGGCCAACAGUAUGUGGAUAUUGUAAAAAAUUAUUACGAGGUUUAUUUAAACAAGGCCUACAAUGCAAAGAUUGUCAAUAUAAUGCACACAAAAAAUGUAUUGAAAAAAUACCUAAAGACUGUACUGGAGAAAAUCCACGCGAUAAUACAGGUAAUGAAUAUCCUGAUAGUGGUGUGGGUAGUGAACCAGAAGGAAAAUGUGAUAAUAGAAAUGAAGAAGGUGAUGGUGAUAGUGAUGCUGAAUCUCCUUCACCUCCUCAACAUUCGUCUUUUGUAGUAGAUGAAACAAAGACAUCUGAUGAAUACAAUGAUCAAAUUCCAAGCAAUGAUGAUAUUAUUUAUGAUGAAUUUCAAAAAUCCAGACCAUCAAGUUGCAGUUCUACACCAAGCAAUAAUAUUCCCUUAAUGCGCAUAGUGCAAAGUGUUAAACAUACAAAACGUCGUGGUUCAAAAGUUUUGAAAGAAGGUUGGAUGGUACAUUUUACAAAUCGUGAUCCAAUGAGAAAGAAACAUUAUUGGCGACUUGAUACAAAAGCUAUAACAUUAUUUCAAAAUGAAAAUAGUUCCAAAUAUUAUAAAGAAAUUCCAUUAGUUGAAAUAUUAUCUAUUGAAAGUGCUGAAACAUCCCAUUCACAUAUAAUGCAUUGCUUUGAGUUAAAAACUGCCAAUAUUGAUUAUUAUGUUGGAGAAGAUUCUUCAUAUGGAGAUAAUUGUAGCCAAGUUCCUCCACCAGAAAGUGGCAUUGGAGCACAUAUAGCUAGAUCAUGGGAAACUAGUAUUAGACAAGCAUUAAUGCCUGUAACUACCAUAUCCACCAAUCAGGAACAAUCUACAGAACCUGAAGAAAAUAUCACAGAUAUGUCUCAGUUAUAUGAGAUAUUUCCUGACGAAGUUUUAGGUUCUGGACAAUUUGGCACAGUAUAUGGAGGUAUUCAUCGUAAAAGUAGCCGAGCAGUUGCUAUUAAAGUUAUUGAUAAAUUACGUUUUCCUACAAAACAAGAAGCACAACUUAAAAAUGAAGUUGCAAUUCUACAGAAUCUUUCACAUAGCGGAGUAGUUAAUUUAGAACGAAUGUUCGAAACACCUGAACGAAUAUUUGUAGUUAUGGAAAAAUUAAAAGGCGAUAUGCUGGAAAUGAUAUUAAGUUCAGAACGUGGUCGUCUUAGCGAAAGAGUAACGAAAUUCCUAAUUACGCAAAUAUUAGUAGCAUUAAAACAUUUACAUAGCAAGAAUAUAGUACAUUGUGAUUUAAAGCCUGAAAAUGUGUUGCUAAGUAGCGAUAGUGAAUUUACACAAGUGAAACUUUGCGAUUUCGGUUUUGCCAGAAUUAUAGGAGAAAAAAGCUUCAGAAGAAGUGUUGUUGGUACUCCCGCAUAUUUAGCACCAGAAGUUUUAAGAAACAAGUGUUACAAUCGUUCUUUAGAUAUGUGGAGUGUUGGUGUAAUUAUUUAUGUUUCUUUAAGUGGUACAUUUCCAUUUAAUGAAGAAGAAGAUAUUAAUGAACAGAUUCAAAAUGCUGCUUUUAUGUAUCCACCUAUUCCUUGGCAGGAAAUCUCACCUGAUGCAAUUGAUUUAAUUAAUAAUUUAUUACAAGUGAAACAAAGAAAACGUUAUACUGUGGAUAAAAGUUUACAACACGUCUGGCUUCAGGAUUAUCAAACAUGGUGUGAUUUACGAGAAUUAGAAGCAAAAGUGGGAUAUCGUUAUUUGACUCACGAAAGUGAUGAUGCUCGAUGGUUAGCAUAUAGUAAUCAGUGUACAUGACAGAAUUAUCCGCCUUCGUUAAACAUCGAAACACUACCAAAUAAUUUGUCUAUACAUAAAGGCUGGGCACGUAGUGCUCGAGCUACAUUACGACGUUUUAUUCGUGCCUGACUUGAAUACAUUCAAUUCAUGAAAGGGAGUACAAUUAUAUUUCAUUAUAAAUAUCAGUGUACUGAUAUUAAACAAAACUAUAUAUCUUCCAAGAUAUUUUACGUAGAAAAUAAAAAUUAUUAUGUAGAAAAUUACUUAGACUGCAUUCGUAAGAUAAGAUACUCAAUGGAUAUAUGAAAACAGCAAUUUUUUUAUGAAAAAUUAAAUUUUAGUAAUGAAUUUAAACAUGUUUCA